AUGCGAUAUAUUGAUGGAAUCAUGUUUUCUUCAAUGCUAAUAACAUGUUCCACAAAUUCAGAAAAAGAGCUUCAACUUCCAUACAGGGGACCUGUACCUGUGUACAGUACGGACCAGAAGAACGGGUCAGUUAUACGAGCUCAGCUUGGAUUUGAUGCAUUGAUAGAUUGUAAAGUAACCUCUGUUGAGAAAAACCUAGUCUCUUGGUUUCUUGUUCGCACCAGCUUCUCUACACAAUCUACUCCUCUUCUUCUAAACUCCUCCUCCUCCUCCUCCUCCUCCUCCUCCUCCCCACCCUCCAGGAACCACUUAUCCCUUCUAACUGUUGGAUUCCAAACCUAUUCUUCUGAUCCAAGAUUUGAAUUAGACUUCUUGCGCCCAAACAACUAUAGGCUCAGAGUUCGAGAUGUAAGAGUAGAAGAUGAAGGUUAUUAUCAUUGUCAGCUUUCUACACAUCCUCCACAGAUAACAUGGGCUAGACUACUCACACUCAAACCUAUAGUCAGGAUACUGGAUAAAGAGAAUAAGACUGUAUCCGAUAUCCAUCAUCAUAUUCGGAGUAAAAUAUCCCUACAGUGUAGGGUCAGUCAGGGUUCUCGUCUGGGUUCAAGUGUAGUUUGGAGUUAUAGCAGUUUAUCUCCUCAUCCUGUUCUUGUACAAUUAAACGCUGCAGAUAGAGCUGGUGUUCGUAUCUCUACCUGGAGAGAGGGCGAGGGUGAGCUCCUAUCUAUCCUGGAGAUGGUGAACCUAGAAGCCCGGGACGGAGGAAACUAUAUUUGCUCUGUACUCUACGGUUCAUCCAUGGCAUAUUCUCAAAGUGUGAGAUUACACGUCGUGUCGGAUACUCCAGAACCUGUUCUUAAUAAUAUUCCGGGUACUCUUUAUAAUACAGUGAUCUUUACUGGUUCAACCUUAUUCAGUAUACUCAUACCAUACACUAGAAUCAAGGUGUAUUCUAGCUAGAGGUUUUCUUUAAAUACAGAGCAGAGACAAAAUCUUAUUCGAAAUCCUUGGUUUGGUUCAAAUAAACAUAAACAAUGGCAAAUAAAGUGAAGACAGAAUAAAGCCAUUUUAAAUUCAUGAUGAGUUUUAUCAAACUUAAAGGGAAUAUAUAUAUUGUGACCCUCCAUUAAAGAGUGGAAUUUCCGAUUUACAACGGAACCCUUUACACCUCUGUCUGAGAACUAAAUAAACAGAUAUCUUGAAAAUUUCCAUUUAUUGUUUUAUUUAUUUAUUUAUUUCUAAAGUAAAUAAGUAUACAUUCAUACUUGAUCAGACAAAGGUUUCAAGGGUACCGUUGUCAAUGUAAAAUGUAAAAUGUAGUUUUCCUUCAAAUUACGUAUAGAGACCCUUUAAGCUUACAGUUUCCUAAGUUUCCAAGAUUUAGUUUGUUCGUAAUUAGGUAUUAGUUAUUUUCCCAAAGGCAAUUUCCAAAGGGUAACUUCUCAAGUGACAAUUUUCCAAGUAGCAACUUUUCAAUGUGUAAUUUUCCUAACGGUAUCUUCCUAAAGAUUAGGCUAGGCUCCGCAGGACGCAAUGGGAGCCGACCACUGCGGCUAGGAAGGUAUAGGGGGCCGAACUAGAACAUGCUAUUUGGGGGCUGAGCGCUGCAUCUAGGAUUGCCUUGGGAAGUUGCCGUUUACAGGCUCCAUGGCGAAUGGACCGUUCUUGUUCUUUAACUUGAAAGAAAGUUAAAGCUCGUUUUACAGUUUACUGGACUGCUGGCAUUCAAUUGUUUAGUAUGUUUAUUGUUUACCUUUUAUAGAAAUGUAUAAUAGACAACGGUGCAUGCAUCAUGAUUUGCGAAAAAUAAAUUAAAUUGAAUAACAAUCUGUGAUCUCAAAUUAAAUGUUUAUUCGUUCAGUAGGAUUCAUAAAACAUGAGUUGUAUUAUAAUUGUUUUUUAAUGAUGUUUGUAUUGUGGAAAGAUGAGUAUACAUAGCUUGCGUUUACCAAAUAUGAUUUGUGGCGCCAAUAUCGAUAAUGGUGACACUAAACUGUCUGCGGGGAAACAGACGAGAAUAUAUUGAAGAUUUAUUAAAGGAUUUACUACAGUGCCCUUCUUAGCUUUACCCCUCAAUACAGAGAGUUGAGAAAUGAUUACAUUUUUCAUUCAACGCUCUAAUACAGGGACAACAGGCUGGUUAUCCCCCCCUCCCCUCCAACAGAAAUUGCAUUUCUCUUAAUGAAUCUUAUGAACCCCACGUAUUUAGCCAGCUUACCCCCCCUUUUAGAAAAUUUAACUUAUUUACAGUGGUACCCAAAAAAAUGUGGAAUAAAAAGACGACAUUUAAGCAAUAUUUAUGUGUAUUUUAUUUUUUACAAAGCAAAUUGUUUUUUCUAUAGCUGGAAAAAAUUGCACAAUUUCUGUUUUUCACUUCAUUUGAUAUCAUAGCUAUAGUCUAACAGUUUUUCCACAGUUUUCCAAUUGUUUGUUUCUAAAUAAAAACUCUCAGACAUUUAUUUUAACCGCAAAUUGUUGUGAAGUUGUAUAUUAAAACUUAUGAUUUAUGGAUCUUACUGAUUAUUGUAAAAUGAUUAUGAUGAUAAAAAUAUGCAUAUAUAUAUAUAUUGAACCAUGUUUAUUGACU